CCCCACGCCAAUGGCUUAUUCGGUUACAGCUUUGUUUACUUACUCUUUUAAUUGACUAGCAUGCUCGCGUUUCGAUCGAGACUACUAUCGGCAGUCUCUCAUCAUCCAUUUCUCUGGUGAUGACAUCUAAUUGCUUCCAGAUACUCUAUUAUUCCCCACACUUCAGUAAUGGCGGAAACAAGCACGUCGGGGUCUCCACGGAGAUCAGGGACAGCGGACAUUUUGCUCAUGCCAUUGGAAGUCUUCUGGAUGAUCUUGCAGUAUCUUGAUGCCAGGGAUAUUGUGCGAUGUCGUCGGGUUUCAAAACAUUGGAACGAAGCAUUUAUCAACCCAGAGUAUCUAGCUCGCCUGUUGAUUCGACUGUUUCCCAGAGCUCCAGAGGUUCGUGCGCUGAAAGGCAAACAGUCGUUGGACGAGCUACUCUCCACGGUUCAGAGUGGUGAGCAUUGGCGUGAAUUAUUCGACAAGGUUGCCUCGAGAUACGAUCAUCUCAGCCGGGGCAAGCCAAGGUCGAUCCAAAAGCUCAAGCUCUGUGAUGACUUUGGAGUCACUGGAGAAAGAGAAUGGUUUCAGGUACAGCCUUGGGAUAGCCACGCCAGUCAUCUCAUGCAGCGCGUUGAUUACCUCUAUUCCGAAACAUUCUGGACCUACGAGGAUGGUCUGCUUGUGUACCCCAGCGCAGAUUACUCCUCUUUGGUCCUCAUGAAUGUGGAGACCGGUGAACAGGUUAUGGUACCGUUCUUGAUUAUCGGUAAGGUGAUUAGGAGGAUCCGCUUGCAGAAACGUGUCCUUGUAGUGGAAUGGGCUGAACCAAAGGCCUUCCACUGGCUGAACGACAGCGACGGCGUCCAUCGUCAUUUUGCAUCUUCAUUUGACGUGACCCAAGAAGCCAAUGGCAACUGGGACGUCGCGUUUCGCAACGAAUGGAAGAUCAUGUUCCUCGGCCAUCCUCUGAGUGAGAGAGAUCGGUUCUACUCCACUCAUAACAAGACGCAUUAUGUGAUCUACAUAUGGCAACCUAAUCGCAGCUUGUACACUGCCGACGAGGAUGCUCCGAUCGAGUCCCUGUUCGUCUGGGACAUUUCAAAGCCAUGUCCCUACAGGCCCUCUUUGGAUCCUACCGGGCGUCAACGGAGCGAAGAGCAGGAUCAAGCUCCCUCCAUUGUCUCUCGUUUCGGUUUCAGAGAGUUAGGGUUCUUCUCUGUCAGACAACGGGGAGUACCGGGCAUGCAAGGUCUAGAAAUAACCGAUGAUGGCCAAGCCAUAGAAAUCAUCGAGAACUUGUGCACAGGACCGCUUGACCGACUCGUCGGACCGACGGAGUGGACGUCUCAGGUGCAGAUCACGAGCAUUCCCCUGAUUGGCGAUGGACCAGUAUGGAGGCGAGACGUUGGCUACAUCUUAUCUCCUUACCGCGGGAGCAAUGGGUUACAGACGAAGCCCCUCGGUCUGCUUUGCAAGCAGUUCUGGUACACUGUCAUUUCCGAGGUCUAUGACAGAAAUUCAAAGGCAGGAUUUGCUUUGCACCUGUCUCCGUUGGGCUGGCCUUUUGAUUCCAAGAUUUAUAUGAGCAUACAGACACCAUACUCUCGGAUUGUCUUGAAACCCGACGAUGUUUUUGAACUCGCGGGUAAGGGGAAGAUUUGCGGAAAUGAGAAAUUCGUGAUAGGCGAAAAUGCGAACCGCGAGCUUGUCAUCUGGAGAUUCGACCGCUAGACACGAUUGGUUUCUUGGGUCAAACGCACGAAGUCCUCAUCGUCGCGCGAUCUGCGGAACUGCCCUUGCUACAUCCACGGAAGCGGGCAAUCUGUCAAUAUCCAGCUAGCUUUCAUCCGCUCUUCUCCACUCUUCUCAGAUGAACGAGGCGAAAUUGUCUAUGAAAGUCAUGAAGACAGACGAUUACUGUUUCGUUGACUAUUGAGGUGCCGUCCCUCAUGAGCUAUUGAACGGUAACCCCUCUGCCAGCUGGACUGGCAAGUCCGAGCCAAGGAGGACAAGUAUGAUCGCUGCGAGCUUUCCCACUCCUUCUCAACGAAAGUAAGUCACUGGAAUUCAAGGCGGCACUUACACUCCAGAAACCAGCUACGGAAGGUCUACAUGGUAGCGAGAAACUCGUAUUGACUGGCCGACUCCCGGAAAAAGAUGCAGCUUGAGUUUCGUUUGUGAAUGGAUAGGGAGUAGCCGGCGAUAAUUGCAGCAGAAUUCAGAUAGCUAGC